AUGCAUACAACCUCAAUCACGGAAGUCUUUGAUCCAAAGGGGGAGAGGGGCUUGAAAAGGAAAAAAAACAAAAAAGGCAGUGGGGACGAGAAGUUUCAAACUUCACCCUUUGAAGAUAGUAACUUGCACUGCUUGGAAUCUGUUACCAAGCCAAGCGAUGGAGCUUCCACCAACCCAAGUCGACACCGCUCUCCUCCAGAACCGGAACCCACGAAGAAACUGAGCUACAAGUGCAGCGUUUGCAGUAAAGCGUUUAACUCUUACCAGGCUUUGGGUGGAUAUAAAGCCAGCCACCGUAAGCUUUCGGGAAGCAACGACGACCAGUCAACUUCGACAACCGGUACAUCCGAUGGAGUCAUCGAUUCAGCCGCGGCGAGCAACCCAAGUGGGAGGUCCCACGAGUGUUCUGUCUGCUACAAAACCUUCUCUACAGGUCAAGCCUUGGGAGGCCAUAAGCGAUGCCACCACGAAGGUAGGGUGGGGAAUAGCGCCAGUGCCGUUACUACAUCUGAAAGAGUUGGCUCAACAAUACCACGACCCACAUCAGCAACCGAGGCUUUGACCUCAACAUGCCCGUUGUCGAAAUUCUCACCGGCUAAUUUCAUUAUCUUUGUCGCGAGGCGUGUUGCUGCUUUUGUCCGGGGGGAAUGGAAGAGAGAGAGGGAGAGAUGUCACCCACUUAGCUACUCAAUUUGACAGAUCAGGUGACUUUCGCGAGACCAUGGAGAACCAGAUUCCAUCUUCUCUUCCAAGUAUGUCAAGGAGCACUUCUGUAGUAGUAGCCCAAAGAGAUGUAUCCAACUUCUUCCAAUGCCUACGUUUUGACGCCAAGGUGGUUGCCGCUGAUUAUAAGUCGGGUUGUCUAGUAGGCAUUAAACGGCACAUUAAUGUUGCUCUUGGCAUUUCUGCUGAUGAAUCUCCCACUGUAUCGUCAAAAGGAAGUUGCUACCAUCUCCCAUACCUGAGGAAAUCAAACGAGUUAGGGCCGAUCUACGUUAUUCUUCUGUCAAAGCGAGAUGGAUAUGCGGAAUAAUGCUUUUGGCCAAACAACUUGAUAACAAUUGCUCUUCAUCGUUAACGAAGAUCGCAUGUUUCACGAGAUAAUCGGAGGAGAACCGCGAAUUCUUCGCAAGAAUGGACAGUUUUUUUUACGCAGUGUUUGAUUCCAUGAGGAUUGCGGAAUCAGACAUCAAGUUAAUCGAACAAAUUGUUAGGAUUUUGGAUUUGAUACAAAGCAAAAUUCUAAACAAGAAGUCGUCGCUGGAAUCAGACUGCUUGUCAACGUUUCUUCUCGUUCUACAACGAGGAGCUUCUGAUCCGCAAAUUCAAUCGCUUCGAUUACUGGAGUCCAUAGCGAUUGAUGGAGAAUCCAAGCUAAAGUUAGCCGAAAAAGAGGGAUUCCUCUAGAAGCCCCAGUCGUGGUUGAUCUCUCUCUAGAAGCAGAAGUCGUAGCCGAAGCCGUGGUCACAGCUACAACCUACAACCAACGCAGGAGCCGCGGGUUUUUUCUUUAUUCUUAUGGAAGAAAUUUACUUAUGCCUUGGACAUUACGUGUAAAGCAAAUUUACUUGAGCCGUUAUUUAGAUUUUUGCAUUUUGA